CACUUACCCAACCUAAGGUAACAAACCGUUGCUAAGAUCCUUCAAUAACAGCACCUUCUAGUCUCUGUAUUAGUUCUCUUCAAACUACUACUCUUCGUCAUGCCCAAAAACCGAGAAAGUCGUAAGGCUAGCCAAACAUCCAAAUUUUCACACUUAUUACACUUUAUCCAAGAAGGCGAUGAUGAUGACGAAAAUCACCACUGGAGCAAUAAGCAGCAAGAAGAAGCGUUUGCAAACACUCCGAUUUUCACCACAGCCGUGGAAAAAUUUGUUCACUCAACCUUCCAAGUCUCAUCAUCAUACUUAGCUGCUUCUGCUUCGAGUGAUACAUCCUCUGCCUCAAUCUACACCGCCUUCUCCUCCUUAUCCAAUAAUCCAGCCUCGGAGCUUGUUCCUCAAUAUGGCCUAAUUGGUAUUCGACAAGAUUCUGCAGACGUAAAUGUCUCGGCAGAGGAUCGCCUCGUUUUGGCAAAUAUGAAUGUUCCAUGGUCGGCCUUCAUAUGCGGAUCUCAGGGCGCAGGAAAGAGUCACACAUUAUCCUGUCUGUUGGAGAAUGCGCUUAUUUCAAAUAAUGCCGCUGGUCACCUUCCUUACCCCUUAGCUGGGAUGGUCAUGCAUUAUGAUAAAUAUACUAGCUAUUCGUCAACACAGGUGUGCGAGGCAGCAUACCUAUGCUCUUCGGGAAUACCUGUGACAAUACUAGUAUCUCCUUCUAACAUUUGGGCUAUGCGAAACCUGUAUAGCAACCUACCUGGGGUAAAUGUUAAGGUUCUACCUCUUUAUCUAAACGAGGAUCAACUUGAUAUCUCAAGAAUGCUCAAGCUGAUGGCCAUAGACCCAGCAGCAAAAGACACGCCUCUCUACAUGGAGGUGGUGAUGAACUUAGCCCGAGAAAUGGCAAUGGAGGGUCCAGGUGUCUUUACCUACUCGAGAUUCUGUGAGCGCCUUUCGAAGAUCAAAUGGGUCAAAGGUCAAGAGGCACCCUUAAAACUGCGCCUACAACUUCUCGACACCUUUAUAGCUCCAUCAUCAACAACGACCACCAAGAGGCCAGCCCGUGCUCAGGAGGAUAUCUGGGCGUUCGAACCAGGUUCAUUAACCAUCGUUGAUCUCAGCGAUCCUUUCCUUAGUUCUGACGACGCGUGCUCGCUGUUUACCAUUUGUCUCUCGAUCUUCCUCGAAGAGAGAAACAAAUGCGGACGUAUCGUGGCGCUAGACGAAGCACACAAGUUCCUCAGUCAGGCUGGCGAGGCGAAGAUUCUCACUGGUGACUUACUUUCUAUAAUCCGACAACAGAGACAUACCGGCACACGAGUGCUAGUAGCAACCCAGGAACCCACGCUCUCUCCAGAGCUAAUAGAUUUAUCGAAUGUAACCUUUGUCCACCGAUUUCUCUCGCCGAGUUGGUACGAAACGCUCAAAAAGCACCUUGCCGGUGCGAAGGAACAAAAACCGGGCGAUGCAAGCGUACUUUUCGAUGCAAUUAUUGCCUUGCAAACGGGAGAAGCGUUACUCUUCUGUCCAACAGCGCAGAUAGAUGUCGAUAAGAGCACCAACAAGCGCAAGCAAGUGAAGCCCCUUGGAAAUGGCCAUGUCAAGAUCAAAAUUCGUAAGCGCUUGACUGUAGACGGUGGCAAAAGCAUUAUGGCUACCGAUGCUCUAGUCGAAGCACUUGAACGCACUAAAAUCGACAAUGUAUUGAUGGGCGAUGCCAUUCCGAAAUUGCAAAACGAUAAGAAUGGCUCCGCGAAAGCUGUCGAGAUCCUAGGUUCAAGUGCGAAGCCGAAUAACCCAAACGAAAGCAUGCCUAACGAUGCCCUCAAGACACCGUCUAUAACAGCGGAGCCGGCUGCGAAUACUAGUACGCCCACAGCCAAGGCGCCGUCAGGAGGCCAAAUGAAGAAGGAACUAAAGCGUCAAGCCCAAGAGAUGUUCAAGGAUGGUUCUUGGACUUCAUUCAAGGAUUUAACCAAGAGCCAGAGGACUCAGCUUUUCUCUGGCGUCGAUACUACUUUCCAACUUCCGCCCGGCACAGCUGUAAAGAAUAAAAGUUUAAAGACCUUCUUCUAUAUCGCAUUAGACGAAAGCAUGGCUAAGUUAAAAGAAUCUGAGGAUACGAAGUGAAGCGUAACAGUCGACGCACCAAGCUAUCUAUUGCGCCAAAGACCGGAUGGUACAGGAUAGAUCAUGUAUAUAUCAAAUGUACAGUAAGAUUAUUUUGUUGCCUUGAAGUAAAGGCAAUGAAUUGGGAUAUAGCAGACACACUCAGGGGUAGCCCGUUCUACGCCAAGAAAUUAGUCUUAAUUUGCCCCCUAUUUGUGCCAUAAUCAAUUAUGGGAUUAUACAGUACCUAGUACCUAAACAUGAAUGUCUAAUUAGAAUGGCGAGACACCGUAUACACC